CAAUCAGACCGGAAGGACCGGUCUAAAGUUCAUGUUCGUGGAAGUCCAGCGGACUGAGAGGAACGGCGCAGAUUCAAGAAGGAAAAGAGAAAACUCAGCUAACAGGGUGAAAAUGGACAUCCUUGAGACUGAUGCCUACGACAAGCGCCGAAGGAGGAACAUGUCUUGUGCCCUUCUUCUUUCCCUCUUGCCCUUCUUCUUGUCCUUGGCUUUAUACUUCUACCUUUGGACUCCUGAUUCGGUCCCAUCAGUGGUCUCCGCAGGAGUCAAAGCGGCCCCGACCCUGCUGCUGGCCGCGGUGGUCCUCAGCUGGAACGGAGGGCAGAGUGUGCUGGGUGUGGCCGGGGGGCUGAUCUUCUCUGCUGUGGGGGACUGCUGUUUGGUGUGGCCUGAGCUUUUCAUCCAUGGAAUGGGUGCCUUCGCUGUGGCUCAUCUGCUUUACUCCGUCACCUUCCUGUCCAGUCGCUAUGCAACGUAUUCUUCCUCCUCCUCAUCCUUGAACCGCUUUCUGCAUCUGGUCCUCGUAAUCGUGGGAGGAGCUUUCUACAUUUACCUUUUUCCGUUCCUGCAGAAGGCACCAAACUCUGACCUACUGACUCCUGGCGUAGGGAUUUACUUCAUCCUAAUCACCAUGAUGGCCGCAUUAGCCGUCCGGACGCGCCACGUAGCUACGUUAUUGGGGAGUUUGAUCUUCAUGGUGUCUGAUGCUUCCCUGGCUCUGCAGGUCUUCAAAGUUUUGCCACCAAUUGAGCAUGGUCAGAUUGUUGUCAUGGUGACUUAUUAUUUGGCGCAGCUGCUGAUUGCCGUGGGUGACAUAAAAGCAGCGGAGGACAAGGACGACUUUUCAAAGUGGAAGCGGUCCUAAACCAGAUCUUUGAGGUGCUCCUAACAUCAGAAGAGCAUCUUCUCUUGACCAAAGCCAUAAAAAUAUGGUGUAGUUUGUUAAUCAAAUCAACUUAAUGCAAAAUAAGCUUGGGACAAGACAGAACCACAAGAUAUUCAGAUUUCAGUGCCGAUAUUCACAUUUCUAUUUAAAGCGACUGAGGAUGGAAGAGUGGAGCGUUUUCUGGUGGUUUGCUGAAAUAUUCACACUCCUUGAAAUUCUUUGUAUUCCGUUACAUUAAAAUCACAAACUUCAGUGUAUUUUAUUUGGAUUCAGUGGAAAUGUUUGUCCGUUCUUCGUUGCAAAAUAAUUCAAAUCUUACUUUUACAAGAUUUACUUUUACAACCUUUGACUAGGCCAUUCGAAAACAUGGACAUUCUUGCAUCCAAACCACUCCACUGAAGUUCUAGCUGUAGUGUUAUUCUUUAAUCUAUCCCUACAUAAUAUCCAGUUUCUCCACAGAAUGAUGCUUUCUGUGUGAGAGCAUAGUGUUAGUGUCACAACGCUCCCUGCAUUUUAGAUCUAAGGCUAGCAUUAAUUUUUGGUUCCUGUUUUUAUUUGUAAAAUAAAAUGUUUAAAACUCUG